AUGAAGACGGAGGUAUGCAAAGAAGUGAAGAAAUACUGUAUGGAUCAAUGGCCAGAAAAAGAUCAUGUCACUCCUGCCGUAAAACCUUACUGGUCAGUACAAGGAGAGCUCACCAUCGCCGACGUGUUAUUGCUCAAAGGAACAAGAUUGGUAAUUCCAUCCCGCUUGCAACGCCAAAACCUCAACCAAAUACACGAAGGUCACCAAGAUAUCAGCAAAUACAGAGAACGAGCCAAAAUAUCGGUGUGGUGGCCAGGACUCAGUGCCCAAAUUAAAGUCAUGGUCGAAAACUGUACAACAUGCAGCAAAUACAGACAGCAGCAUCCAGAACCAUUGAUGCCAACGCCACACCCUCAAAGACCAUGGCAAUUGAUUGCAACAGACCUUUUUUAUUCUAGAAAAGGUUACUUACCUAGUGGUGGUAGAUUAUUAUUCUCGCUACGUCGAAGUUGUGGCAUUACCUAAAAGUACAAGUUCAUCGAAAAUCAUUCAAACCCUGAAAACCAUUUUCGCCAGGCACUGGAUUCCUGACAAGGUACGUUCUGACAAUGGGCCUCAAUAUCAUUGUGACGAAUUCGCCCAGUUUGCAAAAGAGUGGGGAUUCAAACACAGUACCAGCUGCCCUCGUUAUCAUCAAGCGAACGGCGAAGUGGAACGAGCAGUAUAAAGAGAGUGAAAAACAUCCUGAAGAAGGAACAAAAGCACUACUGGCAUAUAGGUCAACACCAUCAGCAAGCGGAUACUCUCCAGCAGAACUACUUAUGGGAAGAAAGAUAAAGUCAACAAUACCAAUAACGCUACCACAUUUAACACCACAACUGCCAAACCAGAAACUCUUCAUAGAAAAGGAAGAAGUAUAUAGAAUCGAAGCAGAAAAAGAACUUUGA